AUGGAGAAGAAUCUUGGAGUUGUGAAAGAGGAGGAUCAAAUGGAAUUGCCUCCUGGAUUUAGAUUUCACCCAACAGAUGAAGAAUUGAUUACUCAUUAUUUAUCAAAGAAAGUUCUUGAUAACAAUUUCUCUGCUAUAGCUAUAACAGAGGUGGAUAUGAACAAGAUUGAGCCAUGGGAUUUGCCAUGGAGAGCAAAAGUGGGGGAAAAGGAAUGGUACUUUUUCUGUGUAAGAGACAAAAAGUAUCCCACUGGUCUCAGAACAAACAGGGCUACUGCUGCAGGUUACUGGAAAGCCACUGGUAAAGACAGAGAAAUAUUUAGAGGAAAAAUCCUUGUCGGAAUGAAGAAAACCUUAGUUUUCUACAGGGGAAGAGCCCCGAAAGGCGAAAAAUCAAAUUGGGUUGCUCAUGAGUACAGAUUAGAAGGAAAAUUCUCUGUCCACAACCUCCCAAAACCAGCUAAGAAUGAUUGGGUGAUUUGCAGGGUAUUUCACAAGUGCUCCAGUGUGAAAAGGGAUCCAUUUAAUGAGUUGGCCCCUUCAAUUCUGCCACCUUUAAUGGACGACUCUUCGCCAUUUGUAUCUGAAUCCGGUCACGUGCACUGCUUCUCCAAUCCCAUUCCGGUCGUUGCUCAAAAGAGUCAAGAAGAUGCGGUUCCUUGUUUCAACGACCCUUUCUCUGCUAAUCCAAUGGAUACAUUUACCACUGCUUCUACCUUUUCUUGGGGACAAAUUGGUUCAAUCCAGGGAGGAUUUCGGUUUCCAGGUUCAAUUCCACAGCAAGAUCCCUCAAUCCAGAGGACUUUACUUGGAAAUUAUGGCCAAAAUAUGAUUCAGAACUCCAAAAAUCAGAACGAAAUGGUCAGUAUAUCACAAGAAACUGGCACAACCACCGAUAUCAACACUGAAAUUUCUUCUGUUGUAUCAAAUCAUGAUAUGGGAAGGCAGUCAACUGAUGAUCAAGAGGGACCUUCAACUUCAGUAAACCUACAGAAUUUGGGCUGUGUUUGGAGUUACUAA